AUGACAAAAGUUAGCGCUGUAAUUUUUUGGUACUUUUGUUUUUUUGUAUAUGUUUGGUACAUAAACAUUGUUUGUGUAUAUCCACUAAAGUUUAAUGAUGUCCAUUUUAUUAUAUACUACUUUAUACAAGGAUGUGGAAGUUUACUCCUUGGGCUAUUUUCGGAUAUAUAUGGAAAAAGAAAAUGUUUGAACAUUUCUUUUUUAUUUUUAAUUGCUUCAUUUUCAACAAUAUUGCUUACAAUAAGUUCCUCUGAUUUCUUAUUUAUUAAUAACAUCACUAAUUUUAAUAAUCAAAAAUAUGACAUUCAUUCAAAUCAAAAUGUAUUUGCCCAAGAUGAUUCACCAAAUAAUUUAAUGCAUUUUUUUAGUCCAAAAAAAGGAAAUGAUUUUUUCGAUAAAAAUGACAACUUUAGUGAAAAUAAAUAUAAAAUACUGAACAGUCAUAAUAAUAACAUACAAGACGACAAUAAUUAUAUGAACAAAUCAGAAAAUGAAAAUCUUUCUCAUAUUACUGAUAUUUAUUCAAAUAAUAACCAUGAUCAAAAUGUUUUAAGUGAAAAAGAUAAAAACCCAAAUAAUGAUAAUAUUAGUAAUAUCGAAACAGUGAAUACUAGAGGAGACAAUACUGAUGAUGUAGAAAAUUUGACUGCAAAACAUGGCAACCAGCAUACUAAUUCGAGUAAUAAAUAUAUUGAAAUAAAAUUAAAAUUAAAUAAUAAUUUUCAAAAAUUACAUGAACAGUUAAUAAAAAAAGUAACAAAUGAUAUAAAAAAAAAAAAUAAUGAUAUUUUAAAUAAAAAAUAUAUAAAUAACAUAAUUCAACUAUGUGUAAAAACAAAUCUAAAAAAAUAUAUUAUGGACCUGAAAAAUUAUAAUAUUGGGAUGGCUAAAAAUGUCAGACGAAAAAAAGGUGUCAUUACCAACAAUGAUAAUGAUAAUAAUAAUUAUUAUUAUUAUUCCCGUAACUAUGCAGACAGUGAAAAUAGUGAUAUAUAUAUGGAAAAUAAUUAUGACCAUAUAGUAAAUAAGUGUGUGGAUGGAAUUAUAUCAAUGUAUAAUGAUGGAGAAAAUGAUAAUUAUGUUACUGGCCAAAAUGAUGAUCUAUAUUUAUCAAAUAAUGAAAAUUUACAAAAUAAUAAACCAACUAUUAAAUUCCUUGAAACAUUAUUUGAAAAGUCUGAUAAAAGUGAAAGCAAAUAUUCAUAUAUUUAUAAAAUAUUGUUUUAUUUGAUAACAUUUGCAAGCGGCUUUUUUGCCAAAGGAAUAAGUAAUAUAUUAUGUAUUAUAAUUACAGAAAAUAUAAAAUCGAAUUAUAGAACAAAAGGUGUGUGCUUAAUAUAUAUUAUUGAAAAUAUAUCAUUAAUUUUAAUCCGAUCUUUAUUUGUUUUUAAUACAUAUAUUAAUUUAUUUAUAUUAUAUAAAAUAAAUAUUUUGGUUUGUAUUUUUUUAAAUAUAGUAAUUAUUAUUUUACUAAAUAUAUAUUUUAGUGACAUAAAUCAUAAUGUACUAAAAAUCCAAAAAGACAAUAUCAACAAGUUACAAAAUCAUGAAAAUGGCAUAGAAAAUAAUCCGCUACCUAAUGAUGACGAUAAUGACUCAAACAGUGAUAUAAACGAUGAAAAAAAAAAAAAAAAAAAAAAAAAUUUUUUUUCGUUUUUUAAAAAAAAAAAUAUUGAUUCAAAUAAUUCCGAAAAUGCAAAUUAUGAUACAAUCCAAGUUUUUAAAAUUGACAAAAAUUAUAAUGAUAUAAAAAGAGAAUUGUCUAACGAUAUCUUAAAAUUAAAAGCCGCUGCAAACAUAAUCAACAAUGAAGAAAGUAUAAACCUUGAGCUUAUGAAUAAAGAUAUGGAAAAUAAUAUAUUAGAUAAUGCAAGUGAUCUAAGUGAUGAUAUAAGUAAUAUACCAAACGAACUAACCAACAAACGAAACGCAACAGAUGAAGUAAUAAAUAUACUAAGUGAUAAUUCAGAUAUAGUAAGUGAUAUACCCAAUAUAGACAAUUCAGCAAACGAAAUUAAUGAAACAAAUAAUUCAAAAUCUUCACCCAAAAAAAAUUUCAAAAAAUUAAGCACAUUAGCAAAAAUAAAUAAUAAAAAAAUAGGAUUAAAAAAAUCAAAAACUAUUGGAGUAAGUUAUAAGCAUAUACUAAAUGGUAAAAUGCUUAAAACAAUUGAUAAAAAUGAAUUAUUAGAAAAAUUAAAUAAAAAUGAUGAAUAUUUACAAUAUAUUGAAGAAUUAAAAAAUAAUAAUUUAUUUAAUAUAUAUAAAAUGUGGGUAAAAUAUACAUUUAAAGCACAUACAUAUGUUGUUUGGGCUUUAUGCUUGUUAUAUUUUAUGUUUAAUUUUCUAUAUAUUAGUUUCUUUGUAAUAUAUAAUAUAUUUAUAUAUGAUAUUAAAAGCCAAUUUCAUUUUUAUACAUAUAAUAAUUCCUUUAUAGUAUUAAACUGUGUUCUUUUAGUUUUUUAUCUAUUUUUGUAUUGUAAUUUAAAAAAUAAAAUAAUCAAAGUAUUAAAUUUAUUUGGGUGCAUAAUUACAACAUUCAUAUCAUUUUCUUUUAUAUUGUUUAUUUAUUCAACAUCACAUUUUUCAAUUUCACUUCAUGAUCAUACAUAUAUAUUAUAUACAAUUAUAUUUUAUAUGUUUUUGUCUAUACCUAAUGUUUCAUUGUUUUUAUUUUAUACAUUUUUUUCACACACAUUAUGUAAAGGAUUAUUACUUGGGAUGUUUGUUUUUUUUGGACACCUUGGUUUUAUUACGUAUGCUAUUAUUCGAUUUUUUAUAGUUCCAAAAUAUUUGGCAGCAUUAAAUUUAAUAUUUUCAUGUAUUAUUUGUAUUAUUUCAUUUAUUGUAAUUAUUCUAUAUAUUCCACAAGCUAGUUCAUCAAUCAAUUAUAAACGUAUCGACGAAGCUUAUUUUUAUCACUUUUUGUUAUAUCUUUCUAACAAAAAAAUUGUUUCCCCACAUUACAUAAAUAUGGCUGUAUCAUCCGAAGAAAAAUAA